AUGAACGCCAACAUCUACCCCAAUGCUCUAUUCUAUUCACAACACCAUCAAAGCCCUUGCAGCUUUUCACAACAAAGUGAUAAUAGUCAACAAUUAGAGGACCCAUACCUUGCUUUGAUGAUCCAAAUUCAACAGCAUCAACAAAAGCAGCAAAUGUUUGCCAAAGUACCCACACACCAACACUCUCCUCAUCACAUCAUGUCGACGACGAAUUGCAACUCAUCACAACAAAACAACACAAAAAGAAUGCAACAAACUUCUCAAGCGUUUUCAAACCUCUCACGAAACGAGUUUAUUGAACUCUUUCUGGAGAGAGUGUUUAUGGUGGAGGAAUCGCCAGAAACCUCUCACCCAUUAAAUGGAAAGCAAUGUCAGCAGUUUUUAACAAUGUUGUCUCUUCCUUCCGCACAAGUGAAUACCCACCCAAAUUGUACAAAUGAUGCCACUAGUUUGUCAUCCGAUAAUUAUACUCUCAUUGAGGACAGCUUGUUGCUCGAUAACUCUAAUUUCAUGCAAAACUUCCGUGAAUGGUUGAUAUUGUCCCAACAAUUACAGUCCCUGCAAUCGUACCUCUAA